AGGGGAGGCGGCGCUCUGUUCUUGUGUUUUCCCUCUCAUUGGUUUCUAGUCCUCCCCAGCAGCACGUGGGACCGGCAACUCCAUCCAUCUCCGAGCAACGCACCGGCUCGUGGUUGCCGCCUGACUGUGUCUAUCUCUCCGCAGUAGACAUCAUGAAGUAUAUACUGGUAACAGGAGGUGUGAUAUCUGGUAUUGGAAAGGGUAUUAUUGCAAGCAGCAUUGGUACUAUCCUGAAGUCUAGCUCCCUGCAUGUCACCUCUAUCAAGAUUGAUCCAUACAUCAACAUUGACGCAGGAACUUUCUCUCCCUAUGAACAUGGCGAGGUGUUUGUGCUGGAUGAUGGAGGGGAAGUGGAUUUGGACCUUGGGAACUAUGAGCGCUUUCUGGACAUCCGGCUAACAAAAGACAACAAUUUAACAACUGGAAAGAUUUAUCAGUCUGUCAUCAACAAAGAGAGAAGAGGAGACUACCUGGGGAAAACAGUGCAAGUGGUCCCUCACAUCACAGAUGCUAUCCAGGAGUGGGUGAUGCGGCAGUCUUUGAUUCCUGUGGAUGAAGAUGGCAUAGAACCAGAAGUCUGUGUAAUUGAGCUAGGAGGAACAGUAGGCGAUAUUGAGAGCAUGCCAUUUGUGGAGGCUUUCCGCCAGUUCCAGUUCAAAGCUCGAAGAGAGAACUUCUGCAAUAUUCAUGUCAGUCUUGUACCUCAGCCCAGCGCUACUGGAGAACAGAAAACCAAACCCACUCAGAACAGUGUGAGGGAGCUCCGAGGUCUAGGGUUGUCGCCAGACCUGGUUGUCUGUAGGUGUACUACACCUUUAGACACGUCUGUGAAGGAGAAGAUAUCCAUGUUCUGCCAUGUAGAGCCACAGCAGGUUAUCUGCGUGCAUGAUGUUUCCUCUCUAUACAGAGUCCCACUCUUGCUGGAGGAGCAGGGAGUGGUGGAAUAUUUUCGCCAACGAUUGGAUCUUACCAUUGGGCGCCAACCCCGCAGGUUGUUGAUGAAGUGGAAAGAAAUGGCAGAUAGGUAUGACCGCUUGCUGGAGUCCUGUAGCAUUGCUUUGGUGGGAAAGUACACCAAAUUUUCUGAUUCAUAUGCAUCUGUUAUCAAAGCUCUAGAACAUUCUGCAUUGGCUAUAAACCAUCGUUUGGAGAUCAAGUAUAUAGACUCCGCUGAUUUGGAGCCAAGCACUCUACAGGAAGAGCCUGUGCGGUACCAUGAAGCCUGGCAGAAACUCUGCAGCUCAAAUGGUGUAUUGGUUCCUGGAGGGUUUGGUGUACGUGGAACAGAGGGAAAGAUUCAUGCUAUAGCCUGGGCACGCAAGCAGAAGAAACCAUUUUUAGGAGUUUGUCUCGGUAUGCAGUUGGCUGUUGUGGAGUUUGCCAGAGACGUGCUGGACUGGAAAGAUGCCAACUCUACAGAAUUUAACCCCAAAACCAGCCAUCCAGUGGUGGUUGACAUGCCUGAACACAAUCCAGGCCAGAUGGGGGGAACUAUGAGAUUGGGAAAGAGAAGAACGAUCUUUCACUCCCAGAAUUCAGUCUUGAGGAAACUGUAUGGUGGCCUGGAGUAUGUGGAAGAGCGACAUCGACAUAGAUAUGAGGUCAAUCCAGAACUCAGACAAGAGUUGGAGGCCCGGGGUAUGACUUUUGUGGGGCAGGAUACAGAGGGAGAAAGGAUGGAGGUAGUGGAAUUACAGGAUCACCCAUAUUUUGUUGGUGUUCAGUUUCACCCGGAAUUCACGUCUCGUCCAAUCAAACCCUCUCCUCCAUAUUUUGGCCUACUUCUGGCUUCGUCAGGGAGACUAGCCCAGUACAUUGACAGGGGGUGUCGGCUCUCCCCCAGGGAUACAUACAGUGACAGAAGUGAGAACAGUUCACCAGACACCGAAAUUGCAGAACUCAAACUACCAGUGAUAAAUCAUGAUUGAUGGUAACAUUCCCUCUGACACUGGACAUGCAGCCGUGAAGAAGAAACCUCAGUGUUAGACUACCUUUUUGCCACUUGAAAUGAAUUAUAUUAAACCAUUUUGUUUUUAUCACUUUAUUUUAAGUCCUUCAAUCCUCAUAAUUAUGCUCGGAUACCAGUAUUGGAGUCCUCCCUAAUCUUGGAACGAGCGGAUGGAGGAGUUGUAGCACGUACACUUGCCACUGAAGGAAGAGCUUGCCAACUUUUCUGAAUUGUGUUCUAUGAAGCAAUAAUGAAUUUAUUUUAUGUCUCUUUAUGUUUAAUGAUGGAAAAGGCUCUUGAUUCAAGUGUGGGCAGCAUUGUGUAAUACUAAUGAUCGGAUUAAGCAAAUCAUUCGCUCUCACUGGGCAGCAAAUGUCCCUCUAUGUGAAGACCAGGAUUAGUAUUCAUUACGGGACAUUGUGUUAAUGUCUGAUAUUAGAGGUCAUGCUCUCUGUGCCAUAACACGAACACUGAAGGUAUAUUGGUGUAAAACACUAUUGGGGAGAUUUAUUUAGCAUUCUAAAAAGAGAACAGGUGGAGAAGUUGCCCAUGGCGACCAAUUAGCUUCUUGCUAUCAUUUUAUAGAAUGUAUAGAUAAAUGAUAGCUUGAAGCUGAUUGGGCAUCAUCUUCACUUGUCCUCUAUAGAAGGUUUGAUACAUCUCCUAUGUAUAGAAUGAGAAUAAUCAACGGCUCUCAAAACAAGUGUUCAUGCUCGGCCAGCAGAAUUCUCUUCUUUAUGCACUGCCUUUCAUGUCAUAAUAAAAACAGUUUUUGAUGCGA